GCGCUAUGGAUGAUUAAAUGGACGGCCGAUCACGUGCCUGCAGACUUACGAUGGCAGGUGUUUUUCGAAUUUAAUAUUUGGAUGUUGAAUCAAUUAAGUGGACGUGUUCCGUUUACAAUAUUUGAAUUCUUAAUGGAUGUCGACCUCGUGGCGUUUCAACAAAGUCUAGUAGGAUUGCUGGACUACUACUUGGACCUUGCAAAUAAUUAUAUUCAAGAUAACACCUCAUUAGAAAAAUAUGUGGGUGAACGAAUAAUUAUAUCUCAUCUACUUAGUCUUACGAUCCAAUAUCCUGAACUUACAAAGGUGAAACAAUACCUCUUUGGGAUGCAAUUUUCUGGCUGGCUAUUGGCUUGGUUAACAAAUGAUACGCCAAAUGUUGUACCUCAUGUACUUCCUAUAUGCUUGUUACUGGAUAGUUUAGCUAAUGAACAAUACGUUGUUAAUGACGAUAAUAUAGAUCAUACCGAGUUGACUUAUUUGAAUAAUGUUAUUAGUACAAGAUGUACUUACAUUAUUCAACAGAUGACAAAUGUGAUUGAUGAGUGUGUCAUGGAUUUUCAUUUCAAUUCUAAAAAGGAGUCAUAUUUGAAUGCGUUCAUAGAAAAUCAUUUUUUAUCACAAUCUUCAACUACGCACCUGUCAAAUUGGAUUGAACAAUCUGAACAUUCAGUUGUUGCUCCCCAUAACUUUUUCGAUCUUAAUCAUGUAUUAACCAUGCUUUCGUAUCGUUGGGGUACCGAAUAUGAACAUUUUUGGCUGGUGAUGCUUAAGUGCAUCGGAUUGACCACAAAGCAAAAUGCUAUAACAACUAUCGUAGAGCUUUUACCCAUAAUUGACUAUUCAUCGAUACCAUUAGAUGAUGAAAAAAUUGUGAGUAGAAUUAAUAUUUCUAGAGAAUUGAUUACCACAUUAGAGCUUAAAUGGAAAGACGCUAUUAG